CAUGCUGGAACUUUCAGAUACCUCGCACGAGAAUGUACGUGUUAAAAAUAUGGCAACCUUGUUCCUGAAUGACUAUUGUAAAGCAAGUGACGUGGAAAAAAUAAAGACAGAAGUCUAAUUAGUCUUCUUGUGGAAAAAAAUUAAAAAUACGAAAAACAUGAAGUUAAUUCGAUUUUUCUCUGGUUUUCUCAAAAACCACUCUACAAAAACUUCCAAAGUGAGAUCAUUCGGUGAUUCAACAAUGAACAAUUUGAGAGAAGGAGACCAAGUAUCUGUUUUGAAAGUAAUAACGAAUGACGAUAUACUUAAAUUCGCUGAAUUGACUGGUGAUCAUAAUCCAAUACACACCGAGUCAGCAAGAAAUAUUGCGCACGGCGCCUUGCUCAAUGGCUUAGUGUCAGGCUUAAUUGGUACAAAAUUACCUGGUGCAGGUACUAUAGUUAUCGAGCAAAAUCUUACGUUUCCUAAACCAUGUUACGCUGGUGAUACCGUAGAAGUUAUAGUGAAAAUUACAUCAGUAAGAAAAAUCAUUAAAUGCGUGUAUAUGUGUAUUGCUAAUGGAGAUAGAAUCGUGUUAGAAGGAGAAGCGAAAGUCAUGAGAAAGAUAUUGUAAUACUUAUGUAAUAUUGUAAUGUUUUUUAUUAUUACUGUAAAAAAUAUUUAAUACUUAAUUUAUAUAAGAAUAAAAGUAUUUAAUAAAAAUUUAAUAAAACCAA